AUGAGUGAUCCUCGCAUCCCCAGGCUCUACCACCGCAGCACUCCUCACUGGCAACAGGAACAGCGCAACUCCUUCUGGUCACUGAAUGAGGGCCAAGUGGCCCCCUUCAAUACCCGGCCCGAUAAACUCGAAGCCCGUGCCGAAGAGUCUCUCUCCGUCAAUGGACGACUGUAUGCCCAGAGCAAUGCGGGCAACAGCUGGACGCACCUGGCCAACCGCCAGGCUUUUUUCCGUCACCGACUAAUCCCCCAUCAGCUCGUGGACGUCAAUGAACGAGACACCACCACGACGCUGUUUGGCCACAAGAUCUCGGCUCCCAUUGGAUUUGCCCCCGUCGGUAUCAACAAGAUCUACCACCCCAAAGGCGAGCUGCCCGUUGCCAAAGUGGCCGGCCAGCUUCGCUUGCCGUAUGCUCUGAGCACGGCGGGAUCGAGCACGAUCGAAGACGUCGCUGCUUCGAACGACGCGGGUCGCCAGAUGCCCGAUGCCGUACACGUCCAAGGCGCCGACAAUAAUUCCCCUGUGCGAUUCUUCCAGCUCUAUCUGCCCCACGACGACGAGCUAGCCGUCUCCCUGCUGAGGAGAGCGGUCGACAAUGGCUUUACUGCAUGUAUCCUCACGACCGACACUUGGCAACUGGGCUGGCGGCACGACGAUGUCGCGACCUCCAAUUACGCCUUCUACCGGGGCAUCGGUGCGGAUCUAGGACUCGCGGACCCAGUGUUCCAGAAACGCCUGCAGGAAGCCGGCAUCGACCCAGAGAAGCAGCCCGAGGAGGCCGGCGCCAUGUGGAUCGACAAUGUCUGGCACGGACGGGCCUUUAGCUGGGAGAAGAUCCCCUGGGUGAUGAAGAAGUGGAAGGAGUUGAGUGGCGGCAAGCCGUUUUGUAUCAAGGGUAUCCAAUCCGUCGCCGACGCCCAACACUGCGUGGACCUGGGCGUGGACGGCAUCGUCGUGUCCAACCACGCGGGCCGCCAAGUCGACGGCGCCAUCGCCAGCCUCGACGCCCUGGAGAACAUCAUCAACGCGGGCAUCGGCGAGAAACUGACCGUCAUGUUCGACUCGGGCGUGCGCGGCGCCGCGGACGUCAUCAAGGCGUUGUGUCUGGGCGCUCAGUUCGUCUGGGUCGGGCGCAUGUGGAUCUAUGGGCUGAGCAUCAUGGGCGAAGAAGGCGUCCGCCACGUCAUGAAGAGCCUCCUCGCCGAAUUCGACAUCUCCAUGCUCACGGCCGGGGUGCGCAACAUCGGGGAGAUGCAGAGGGACCGUCUCGAAAGCUACUCCAAAGGAUAUACGUUGAUCGCGGAGAAAGCCAAGCUGUGA